CACAUCAAAGCAAGGUUCAUUCUGAGAGAAGCACUGUGCUUGAUGACACCCAGAAAGGGACAGUCACUGUAACAAUGCAGAAGCUGCAAGUUGAAGACUUCAGAGUGUACUGGUGUGCACACCGUAUCUGUUCUCAGUUUUCCCAAAUAAUUCAGAUUAAGCUAUCUGUUUUCAAGAGUCUCCGUGCCCAAACAACCAACGCUGUGGAGAGACGACUGGAAGGAAGCACUCUGUCUAUCCAGUGUCCCUACACAGCACAGACUAAACACCAGCAUCGGAAAGCCUGGUGCCACAUGAGAGAUGGACAAUGUGAGCCCUUAGUGGACACGACCAGCCCAACGGACAAAACCCAGGCCACAAGGCGGAAAGCUAUGAUAGUGGAUGACCCCAUGCGUAGGACCAUGUCCGUCACAAUGACCGACCUCCAGCCAGAGGACUCAGGCACAUACUUCUGUGCUUACCGUUCCUACCAAUAUGUUCCAAUAAAGAUCAUCUCACUGAAUGUUUUCAAGGAGUUGCUCAAGUGGGAGUUGGACAGUCUCUCUGUGCAGUGCCCGUACGGCGCCCUGAGUCACAGCACGGGGACAAUAGCCUGGUGUCAAGGAGAAAGUCAGACUGGGUGCGAAUUUGUGCAAGACAGAACAUUGAUCCAGGACGACAUCCAGAAAAGGGUUGCCACCAUUACCAUGCAGAAACUGCAGGCCCAGGACACCAGCAUGUACCAGUGUGUGCUCUACAGCAGGUCUACUCUCACCUGGAUUAUGGCGGUCGAGCUCUUUGUGUUCAAGAGGACCCAACAAUACACAGCCAAGGAGUCAGGCGAUGUCUCUGUCCAGUGCCUGUACAGAGCCCAAGACUAUGGGGCUGUAAGCAAAGCCUGGUGCAAAGAGGCAGCUGGGAAUGCGUGUACUAUACUGGUCACCACAAAUAAGAAGCCCACAAGUUACCACAGGGCACCACAGGAAGGCAAAGUGACGAUCCAGGAUGACACUCAGCAGGGGAUUGUCACCAUCACCAUGGAGAAGCUGCAGACACAGGACUCCGGUGUGUACUGGUGUGCGCUUUAUGAAUACGCUCAUCUUUUCCGAAUGGUGGAGGUUACGCUCAGUAUUUCCAAGGGUGACUUCUGCUCAAAUGUAAAAACCUUCAUCCUGCUCUCUGUGGUCCUGGGCAUCCUGUUCAUCCUGGCACUCAUCAGCUCGACAGCCCUGUAUGUCAGGCAGUGCAAGCAGCUGAAGAGAAAAGGUACCAGACAAGCAGAGCACACCUAUGACAAACCAGAGGACACCUAUGACAGACCUGAGGACACCUAUGACAGACCUGAGGACAUAGCACAGCUUGACAGCACUGAAAGAAUGGAAAGGCCUAAGGAUGACAGCAGAGACCUAAAAUAUGUUACCCUGAACUUUAAAUCCCAACUCAUCCCUGAGGAUCCUCUCUACUGCAAUGUUGAACCAAGUCAGACUCACAGGAAACCCAAAGAUGAAAAUGUGGAAUAUGCUAUCAUUCAAUUCAAGCAGUUACCGACGAAUGUCAAAGGAUGA